AUGUCCCAGGCACAGGACUACGAAUGUAGGAGCCAUAAUGCCGACGUACAAGAGUCUAGAGUCUCCGGGUCGAGCACGAGGCUGGAAUGGGUCGAGAUCAUCGAACCACGCACCCGAGAGCGCAUGUAUGCCAACCUGGUCACGGGUGAAUGCGUGUGGGACCCGCCAGCGGGCGUCCGCAUCAAGCGUACUAGCGAGAACCAGUGGUGGGAGCUCUUCGACCCAAACACCUCACGCUUCUACUACUACAAUGCCACCACCCAGCGCACCGUGUGGCACCGGCCGCAGAACUGUGACAUCAUCCCACUGGCCAAGCUGCAAACCCUGAAGCAGAACACUGAAUCCCCCCAUGCCUCCGCAGAGAACAGCCCAGGCCGGGGCAGUGCUGUCAGCUGUGAGGGCAGCCCCAGUGCUGCUCUUGAGCCUGAGCCUGAGGCCAGCGAGAAGGCGCAGGAGGCCCUUGGUCGAGCAGUUCGGCCAUCGUUGUUCACAGCCACGAAGGAGGAAUGUGGCAGCAGCUCCCCCCCACCAGGCGUGCUCCUGGAGAAGGACUAUGAGACCUACCAGGACUACAGCACAGAUGGCCCACUCCUGCACUACAGGGCUUCCUCGCUGCAGUGGACCACUGGGACCAAGGAGCGCAUGCUCAUCAAGGUCACCGACAGAGAGCCCAGCUUCCUCUCCCCCCAGGGCAACGGCUUUGCCUCCGAUGGUCAGCCCGGGGCGCGAGCCAGGAGGCCGUCUGGCAGCCAGCACUCCCCCGGCCUGCAGACUUUUACCCCCGAUGCAGACAGCACCGUCUUCUUUCCCGAGAGACGGCCAUCGCCAUUCCUGAAGAGAGCGGAGCUGGCAGGGGGCUGCUCCCCGCAUCCAGCCCGAGGAGGCGAUCCCUUUUGCGCCCCGCCCCGUAAGGCUUCCAGUGACUCUCAGCCUUCCUCCCCUCGCUACGCCUAUGAGCCCCCUCUCUAUGAGGAGCCGCCAGUGGAGUACCAGGCCCCUAUCUACGAUGAGCCCCCAGUGGACAUGCAGUAUGAGGCCAGCGGGGGCUACAAGGCCGGCUCCCCCCAAAAGGCAUCCCUGCGCAAGCCACGCCCCUUCCUGCAGUCCCCCAAGCACACAUCCCCCUCACCUUACCAGCAGCUGGUACUCACCAAGCAGAGAGCCCCGGAGCGCUUCAUGAGCCUAGACUACAGCCCUGCGGGCAAGGAGUAUGUGCGACAGCUGGUCUAUGUAGAGCAGGCUGGCUCCAGCCCCAAGCUGCGCGCUGGCCCUCGCCAUAAGUACACACCUAACCCUGGUGGUGGCUCCUAUUCGCUCCAGCCUAGCCCCUGCCUGCUGAGGGACCAGCGUCCGGAGGCCAGGUCCGGGGACUACAGCAGCAUGGAGGGGCCUGACUACCGGCAUGGCCCACCACCCACACCACUACCCUCUGCACAGGACGAUGCCAUGUCCUGGUCCAGCCAACAAGAUACCAUGUCCUCCAUGGGCUGCUCUCCUGGCCCACGCAAGAGGAAAAGCAGGAAGCCCUCUCUGUGCCAGGACCCCAACACCUCAUCCACCGACGGCUCAGCAGACCGUAAUCCCCUUGGUGAGCCCCUGCUGGCUGAGGAGCGGCCCUCAUGUGGGCCUGGGCUGGCCCCACUGAAGCGCACAGAGGGCCGACUGGGUGAGGUGGAAGGGGCACGGGUCUGUGAGCCUUUCUUGGCACAGGCACGGCUGGCCUGGGAGGCACAGCAGGCCCAUUAUCACAUGAAGCAGCGGAGCAGCUGGGACUCACAGAAAGAUGGCUCGGGCUAUGAGAGUGACGGUGCAGUGCCGCUGCCCAUGCCAGGGCCUGUAGUGCGUGCCUUCAGCGAGGACGAGGCCCUAGCCCAGCAGGACAGCAAGCACUGGAAGAGGACCACCUUCGAGAAGCUAGGCUUCCCUCAGAUCCUGCUGGAGAAGAGCAUCUCUGUCCAGACUAACCUGGCCUCCCCAGAGCCCUACUUGCACCCCUCACAGUCCGAGGACCUUGGUGCCUGUGCCCAGUUUGAGAAUGGCCGGCAGGGCCGCAGCAUGAUGCCCAGCGCCAGCUGUGUCUUCCCUGCCUUCACACUGCGCAAGCCUUCCUCUGAGACAGACAUCGAGAACUGGGCUUCCAAGCACUUCAACAAGCACACGCAGGGCCUCUUCCGACGCAAGGUGUCCAUCGCCAACAUGCUGGCCUGGAGUAGCGAGUCCAUCAAGAAGCCCAUGAUCAUGACCAGUGACCGACACGUGAAAAAGGAGGCCUGUGAGAUCUUCAAGCUCAUCCAAAUGUAUAUGGGUGACCGUCGGGCCAAGGCUGACCCCCUGCAUGUGGCCCUGGAGGUGGCCACCAAGGGCUGGAGUGUGCAGGGCCUGCGGGAUGAGCUGUACAUCCAGCUGUGCCGGCAGACCACAGAGAACUUCCGCCUAGAGAGCCUGGCACGAGGCUGGGAACUCAUGGCCAUCUGCUUGGCUUUCUUCCCACCAACACCCAAGUUCCACUCCUACCUGGAAGGCUACAUCUACCGGCACAUGGAUCCUGUCAACGACACGAAAGUGACACAGCACAUAAAAGAACUCCUGGAGAGAAACUCUAAGAAGAAGUCCAAAUUGAGAAAGAAACCCAAGCCUUAUGUUGAAGAGCCGGAUGGAGUGGCGAUAAGCACCUAUGCCAAGUACUGCUACCACAAGCUGCAGAAGGCAGCCCUGACCGGGGCCAAGAAGGGGCUGCGGAAACCCACCGUGGAGGAGGUCCGACAUGCCAAGAAUGCUGUGUUCAGUCCGUCCAUGUUUGGCAGUGGACUGCAGGAAGUCAUGACAAUGCAGAAGGAACGUUAUCCUGAACGGCAGCUGCCCUGGGUGCAAACACGGCUCUCCGAGGAGGUGCUGGCACUCAACGGUGACCAGACGGAGGGCAUCUUCAGGGUGCCUGGGGACAUUGAUGAGGUCAAUGCCCUGAAGCUUCAGGUGGACCAGUGGAAGGUGCCUACAGGCUUGGAAGACCCCCACGUCCCUGCAUCCCUGCUGAAGCUGUGGUACCGGGAGCUGGAGGAGCCUCUGAUUCCACAUGAGUUCUAUGAGCGGUGCAUCGCGCACUACGAGAGCCCCGAGGCUGCGGUGGCCGUGGUGCACGCGCUGCCUCGCAUCAACCGCAUGGUGCUGUGCUACCUCAUCCGCUUUCUCCAGGUGUUCGUGCAGCCUGCCAACGUGGCCAUCACCAAGAUGGACGUGAGCAACCUGGCCAUGGUGAUGGCACCCAACUGCCUGCGCUGCCAGUCGGAUGACCCUCGUGUUAUCUUUGAGAAUACACGCAAAGAGAUGUCCUUUCUUCGCGUUCUUAUCCAACACCUGGACACCAGCUUCAUGGAGGGUGUGCUAUAGC